AUGGACAGAAGGAUGAACUUGAGCGGCGGCGCGGGGGACAUUUUUCACAAAACUCUCAGCGCCGUGUCCACUAAAAAAAUGGACCCUUUCAGGUCGUCGGUCGGCAUUGAACUACCAGCCAGAGACCGCCAGUCACCGAUCAGCUGCUUUGACCAGACCGACCCAGACCCGAUUCAGCCGGGAGGGCUGGCCGGAGGUAGAGGGGGGGCACUGGGUCUGCCGACCGGAUCUUUGUGCGUCAAGUUCGGUGAGAGCGCCAACAGGACCUCGGUGGCGGAGAGCAGCGGCGGAGAGCAGAGUCCCGACGAUGACAGUGACGGCAGGUGUGACAUGGUCCUUCUGGCCGACGGGCGGACGGUGGCCGCGGGGAAAGGAGAAGGAGGUAAGAAAACCAAAGAGCAGAAAAUACUGAGGCUAAACAUCAAUGCCAGAGAAAGACGACGGAUGCACGAUUUGAACGACGCGCUGGAUGAGCUCAGAGCGGUCAUCCCUUACGCGCACAGCCCGUCAGUGCGGAAACUCUCCAAAAUCGCCACUUUGCUGCUCGCGAAAAACUACAUCCUCAUGCAGGCGCAGGCGCUGGAGGAGAUGAGGAGGCUAGUGGCGUACCUCAACCAGGGCCAAGCCAUCUCUGCUGCCUCGAUACCGGCCACCACUGCCCUCGCGGCUCCCGGCCUGGGCGCGUACGAGCAGCCGCCUGGAUAUUCCUUCCCCCCCGGAGUGGCUGCGUCCUCCUGCCCCGAAAAAUGCACCCUGUUCAACAACGCCACCUCCAGCCUCUGCAAACAGUGCACUGACAAGCCUUAA